CUCCCACGUUUCGCAUCUCACGGCGACGUUAGUUCUCGGUCUAGAGAGAGGAAAAGUCUCUGUUUCCGUUUCAGAGCUUUUUUAAGAGAGAGAGAAGUGAGAGAUGAAUUUUCGGGGCGGUUGUUGCAUAGCGAGGUGCGGUGGAGGAGGAGGAACGUACGAUAUGUCCAAGGCGGAUCGGAUCAUGCUCCGGUUCCGGCCGAUCGCCCCGAGGCCAGUGAUCGGAGGAUCGUCUUCUCCGCCGGAGAAAAGCGGAUUAUCAUCGAGCGUUUCUUCUAAAUCUGGUCGGGGAAGGAGGAAAAUUGCAAAGGAGAGCAGUAACAGUAGCGGAUCUAUGAGUAGCAACAGGAACGGUAACGGCAAACGGUGCAACAAAAGGAGAAGAGAGGAGCCGAAAGACGGCGGAGGAGUGAUGGCAGAGGUGGUGACGCUACCGCUUCUGCCGGAGACUCCGGAGAGGAAGGACUUGCAGGCACCCCCCCCCCCGCCGGUGACGGCUAGUGUUCUCAAUUCUCAGCGGAGUGCGAAACCGUUUUGGCUGAGCUUCAGCGACGGUGGCAGAUCUGACGGACAGUUUCAAACGGCGACGAAGAUGUUGAUGCCGUCAGAUCUGACGGAAACCGUAACGUCGUGCGUGACGGUGGAGUGUAUAACGGACACGUGGGUGGAGGGACAGUACUUUGAGCUAGGGUGUACGGACGAGGAGAUGAAGAUGAAUCUAGAGAAGGACACGUGUCCUAGUUUCAUAUCGGAUGUUAUGGGGAGAGUUACGUGGACGAACGGUCCGUACAGGGAUUUAGUUGUGGGGAACCGUAGCGCAAACGCCAAGAUAACGGUGUGGUUGGUGAUGAAGGAGAGGCCGAUGCUGCUAACGCAACCGGCGUUUACGUGCAGAGUGCGUUUGGAGUACACGUGUCGCAACAAGGAGAAGAGUUCAAUGAUCACUUUGCCUUGUGACGUUUGGAGGAUGAGCGACGGCGGUUUCGCGUGGCGUCUCGACGUUGACGCGGCGUUAUGCCUCGGACGGUGAGUGAGAUUGUCGCCGUCACAUGACUAUAUGGAGGUCGGCAUGCAAGCUUGAAGCUUUGAUCAUUACUUACAGAAUUGUAUAUAUAUGUUUUUUUUUUUGUCAUCUUUGUUUUCUUGGGUUUAUUAUUAGCUUUUAGGUUUUGCAUAUUUGUUUUCCGUAUUUUGUAAAAAUUCUUUGAUCGUCACCUCUCGGUCUGUGGGGUUUGGAAAUUCUCGAGUAUGUUUAAUUACGAUGGUUUACGGUUUGGAUAAAUCAAGUGUUUUCGUGUGUGGGUUUGUAUAUAUUUAGGGUUUUUUUUUUUAAUUGGUUGAAUAUAUAUAAUCAAACCAGCUAU